AUUGUGUGUUUGUGUAUUAUGUUAAGUUAUGUAAUGUGAAUAAAUUGUGUUUUUUUUCGGCAAAAAAACUUCAGUGUUUUAAAAAACCGGCUAAAAAAUUAAUCAUCAUCAUCGUUACCAAAAAGAAAAAAAAACGAUGCCACCAGCACCGCCACCUAUCUCCGGCGUUAAAACGGAGAUAAUCUAUCCGGAUGAAGAAGAAGCUAACAAUGAUCCAUCAUUAUAUGAUAAUGAUCAUCAUCAUCAUCAUCAUUAUGAUGAUGGUUCGUCAUCGUCCAUAGUGGCAAAAACAAUCAUCGAUUCAUCAACAAAUAAUGAUUAUCAUAAUCAACAACAACAAAAAAAUCAUCACCAUCAUGAACGUUUACAACAUGGUCAUCCUAUGAUGAAUGUUGAUGAUGAAUAUUAUGAAAAUACAAAAAAUCUACCAACAUCCAUAUCAUCAAUAAACAAAAAUAAAAUUUAUAACAACCAUCAUCAUCAUAAUGAUGAUGAUGAUGCGAAUGAUUCGGAUGAUGCGGAGGAUGAAGAAGAAUCGAAAAAAUAUCGUAAAAAAUUAUUAAUUUCAUUGGGAAUGUUAUUACCAGCAGUUGCAGCCAUUAUUGGUGUUAUGGCAUGGGCAAUAAGCACCGAAGUUGUACUUGGAGCCAAACGUGAAGCACAACGUCGUAAUGGCGGUGGUGGUGAAUAUCAUCAUGAUUAUCAUUUUAAAAUACCAAAUAGAUAUGAUUAUACACGAUUUACUAAUGCACCACCAUCAUCAAUGAUGUUACCACAAAAACCUGAAAUGUUGGUCGAAGAUUUUAGCCAUAAUCAUCGUCAUCAUCAAGAUAAUGAUGAUAAUCAAAAUAAUAAUUUGAACGCAUUUCAACAAAGAUUAGAAACAUUAAGUAAAGAAUUUAUUAAUCGUAGAACUGAUCCAGAAAAUACUAAUAAUAAUGAUCAGCAAACAAUUAAUGAGCUAAAAAAUCGUCUGAAUCAAGAAAAUUUAGCCGAAUUGUUUGCCAAAUUAUUUGCUAAUCAUCAUCAAAAUCAACAUAAUCAACAUUCUUCAUUAAAAAAUCAAAAUAGUAACAACCCACGUAUUGUAGUUUUAGCUGCUGCACCUAGUCAAUCCGCUUCCUCUUCCAUAGUGACCUCAACAUUAUCAUCAUUAGUAGCAUCGAAAAAACAUAAUCCACAUUCACAUCAUUUUAUCAGUGAAACAUCAAUUACAUCAACAUCACAACCAAAAGCAAUGGAAUUGAAAAUUGCAUCACCAUCAUCAACCAAUCGAAAAGAAACAGGUAAAAAUCAUUCACAACAACAACAACAAACUAAAUCUAAUGGUAAACAACAAUCAGCUGCUUCAUCAUCAAAAUCUAAGCAAAAACAGCAACAACAACAAUCAUCAUCGACAAAAACGGAUAUCAAAUUCAAAGUUCAUAUUGAUCAACCGAAACAACGAAGACAACAACAAUUGGAAAAAACAAAAUCAACAGGUAAAAAUGGAGCACAUCCUAAAACGGUACCAACAAAAUCAUCAUCGACAAAACCGACAAAAUCAAAAAAUUAUGAAAAAGAAUUUGAUUCUUUGUUGAAAAAAAUUGAAAAUUUAGAAAAACAAAAAUUUCAACCACAAAAGCAGACCAAAACCGAGCAAACAAAAAAAGAAUUAUUCAGUAAUAAAAAUACUGAAAUUGCUAAAAAAUUAAGGAAAUUUAUGGAUACAGCACCAAAAGAAGAACCUGCAAGACCAUUUAUGUAUCAAUCUUCAUUGAUGCAGCAAAUGCAAAUGCAACAACAACAACAGCAGCAGCAACAACAAGAAUCAACGGAAGCGGAACAACAACAACAGCAAUGGGAUCCAAUGCCACCACAAAUACCACCACCGAUUCUACCACCCAUGCCAUAUAUGUCUGUACCAUUUAUGCAACAACAACCAAUACCGCCACCACCACCACAGGAUAUGGAACAAUCAUCACAACAAAUCAAUCAAAAUGAAAUUUAUCCAAAUUAUUAUGGACAACAACAACAACAAUAUCCACCAUUACCACAGCAACAGCCAGAACAAGGUUAUCAACCAUAUCUACCACCGCCACCGAAUGUUUAUCAGAAUUAUCCACCACCAUCACAGAAUUAUCCCGAACAACAACAACAAUAUUCACCAUAUCCUACUCAACAACAACAACCACCAAAUAUGAUGCAAUCAUCAGAUCAAAUACAAACUUAUGUUCAUCCAAAUCAAUAUCAACAAUCACCAUCAUCGCCACAAGGACAACCUUAUCAACAUUAUUCUCAACAACAGGAACAACAACAACAACCAUUAGAGCCAUUCAUAGAAGAUAUGAUGGAAACAACAACAAAAAAACCAAGUAAAUUUAGUCAAAUUAGUCGACGAUUUCAAUUAAGUAGAAUAUUUACAUCGGUUAUGCCUAAAAGUAAAAAAGCAAAAAAACGACCACAACCACCACCACAAUCACAAUCAUCUGAAUAUCAAUAUGAAGAUCCAAGACAAAAUCAAAUGAUGCCACCACCAACACAAAUGCAAGAAGAAGGAUCAGAAAUGAUGGGAGGACCACCACCACCACCAAUGGGACAUGAUGAUCAACCACAAUAUGAUCAAAUGAUUACACAAGAAUCACGAUAUAAACCGGCAUAUAGAGGCCAUGGCCAUGGACAUUAUGGACCGAAAGAAGCAGCCGGUAUGCAAGUUAGAUUCGGUGCUGGCCCAAUGGGUGGUGGUAGUCAAGUAAAAGUAAAUCCAAUGGCCAUAUUAAAAACAUUAGCAUUUCCUAUGAUGAAACGACCGGCAAUGAAUCUUAAUGGUAAAGUUGUAUUAGGUAUUGUAUUGGAAAAUGGUGUAGGCGGUGGUCAUGGUCCAUAUCGAAAACCAAAAACAGUAUUCCAACAUUAUAGUACCGGUCGUAUUAAAAGAUAAAUCAAGAAUCUGUUCUUCAAAUUUUUCAUGACAAAAUGCCAUCUCAACACAUAACAGACUUGAAAAAAAAUUAUUCACACAAUGAAAUUUU